AUAUAUCUUGAGAGAAAAACCAUUUAGUGAGAGAAACUCCAGCAACUAAAAAAGCCCUUUUAGUUUCAUCAUUGUUAGGGUUAGGGUUUGCCUUUCCUCUUCAUAGAUGCGCGGCUCAAUGGAUUGCGAACCUCGAUUGGAUCAUCCAACCUCCACUGGGAAGGGUGCUUCCCCUUCUGACGGAGGAGUUGCAUGAUCGAUGACGCUAGAAAACCUAGUUAAUCGGAAGCUUGAGGAGGGCAUCCGAAUGGUUUAGAAGGUGAUUUUAUUGACCAUGAAGGAAAAUUGAAGGUAGAUGUUGCUGCCUCGAUUACUUUCUCACCUGCUGAGUUACGGAUGAAGCUGCAGAGUAAAGGGAUCGGUCUUUGUCGACCAGGUAGAGGCCAUGUUUCUACAUUUGUUUCUUCCUCACCUGCUGGGGUUUCUUCUUCAUCGCCAGGUAGAGGCCGUGUUCCUACCUCCCAAGCGAUAACUCCAACACUGGAUCCAGGUUGACCAUAGGCAGAGGAGGUUCCGAUGGGAGAUGACUCGGACUUCUGAUGCUAAAAUAGAAUAACUAGAACAGCGAUUCUCGAAGGUUAUCCACUUCUUGGAGGAGGAAAUUCAACCGGCAUCACAACAACUAGACUCAGCCUUAGUAGGGGCUGCUGCUGUUUCAAUGCCCUUUGGAAGAAGCUACACAUCGAAUUCUUGAAAAAGGUCCAUGGUCGUUGGCUGGGCAGUUGCUUGCCAUCGAGCCUUGGAGACCAAAAUUUAGACCCGAUCGAGACACAGUCAAUCAGCUCCGCGUCUGGCUCUGACUUCCGGACUUACCCUUGGAGUUGUGGAAAGAAAAAAAGAUACUUAAAAUUGCAUCCCAACCAGGAACCCUAGAACAUGGAAGUCACUGAUAUGAUGGUGUUUAGUGCUAUUGCAAAUGAGGCAGACAAAGGGAAAGGUAAACAGAAAAGUUCUCCGACUAAGCAACAAGCUAGGUCAAGCUCUACCUCUCCGUCACAAGCAAAAAUAUUAGUGCAAAAAACUAUUGAGGUUGAAAACAAAGGGGACGGAGCUAACAGCUGUAGUUUGAGUGGGAAGACUAAGACUUAUAUUGUUAAGAUAUGGAAACCAGUUAAUGCUAUAACAUCUAAACCUUCAGUGGCUCACAAGAUUUCGAAAGGAACUACUCAACAACCUAAUCAAUCAGCUGAUACCUUGGAUCCUCCUUCCGACAUGCAAUUCACCAUCCAUGAGGGUGUUUAUCAAAACCUCCAAUCUAAACUGCAUGGCACCAAUUCAACCUUAAGACAUCAGGUCAUGGAUUUGCUACGCAUUUUGGAAAAGAGGACAAACUGGCAGUAUUUAGGAGCACCUUUGUCUGGUACCUUUUACGGACGGAUGCUUAUGGAAUUCGUUAUUCAAGAUAAAAGUAACAGUUCGACCAGACAGGGAUUUCAAGCUCAUCCUUUUAUGCUGAUGAAGAGGAAAUGUUAUCGACAUGCUUGGGGAGCAAUGAACAAGUUUGGUAUGAUAGUGAUAAACGGAAAUAUGGUUUUUUAUCCUAUCAACUUAUGACUGGGCUGUAAUGUAAAUAUUAUUUUUCAUGCUAAUACUUCCCUGCUGUCUGCUGUUUCAUACUUAUCUAUUCAGUGUGCGUGAUACUCAUAUGAUUUUCUUCCUUCUCCUGGUGGUUGCAAGAUUUUCAAUUGCCUGAUUGAUUCUUCAGUUCAGAGGCUAUCAUCCUCGCAGAUUGGUUUUACCAUAUAAUCGAUGCCGUGAGUUUGCUUAUUAUCAAAAUCUGAUUCAUGUAAAAGAAGGAAGGUCUUUAUCCCUCUCAAAUCUGAUGCCGUCAGUUUGUUAUAGUUCUGUUCAGGCUUCAGUCUCGGGAUGGUAUUAGAUUCACCUUUCUUCUGGAAAUGACACAAAUGGUAAUGCAGUGGUAUAUUUUGCAUCAGGCACUAUAUCUCAUUGAUGAAGUCGUGGAAAGCAGGACUCUAGAAUGCCUAAUUAUUGCAGAAUCUUUUGAAAAUGUUAUACGGUUGUUUCUUACUACACAGGAUACUCUUAAUCCUUUGUUUCAUUUUCCUAAAAUAGCUGCAAGGCUCUAUGUAAGUUUCAAUCUUAAAGUUAAACUCAGCAUCAUCUCCUACUCCAGACUACUACCAUUGUACAAAAGCAAUUUCUAUAAAUCCAGCUUGUCUCACAGUUUGUCAGA